AUGGACCUCUUGACUUCAGUUGAACAGCAGAGAAUUGUGAUUCCAAACAGCCAUGGCGAGAAUCUGGUUGGAAUAUUACAUGAAACAGGUUCUAAGGAUCUUGAACGCAUACCCAUGAUGAGUCUUCUCACUGCUUUAGAAAAAGAAGGAAUCAGGAAAGUGAAGGUUCCUUUAUUUAUGGUAACUGCAGCAGAGAAGCUGAGGAUUUACGAGCUGUUGUCCAACGCUUCUGCAACAAGAUUCCUGCAGGAGCAAAUGUGGUGCUUCUCUAUGCUUCAAAAGAAAGGCACUGAAGGUCGUUUGGGAAAAGAUUUCUUACGAAGAAUCAAGCAUAAUGGGGUUAUUGAUGUUAAGAAUAGAAAAGGUAGCUACUGUAUUAUGCUUCAUUUUCCCAAUAUUUUAUGUGAAAGUUCCAUUGUCAGUUGUCACCCUCCAUUCAACAAUUUUGUGGUCAACAUUUUCUCUGAAACCAAGUUAGAAAAUGCUAGCAUUGAUUGCUUUUCUAAUGUGGAUGUCACUUGCCGCAGAAAAAUAUUCAUGAUGUACUUAAUUUUGAUUCCCCAUCCUCUAAAUCAGAUUCAAUUGUUUGUAUUUGGAAUAGUGAGCUUCAGUAAAGAUGUGAUUAGUGGUAUAGAUUUCUUGCUUAUUGUAGGAGCUGAUCAUGAGUAUACUUCACACCAAGAUGAGUUAGCUUCAGUUGUGCUUGAUUUUAUAAGGGCAGUUCGUGAAGACAAAAACAUACCCGAAAUUUUACAAUCGUGCAAAAAAGGAGUUAAAUUUUAUCAAAACAUGUAUCUGAUAGAAGGUGAAUAA